UUACAAGGAGUGAUUAUCGCCAAAAUUAUUAUUGACGCAACAUCUGGAAAUAAAAAUAGAUAUGAAAACAUUCCUUCUACUUAUGUCGAGGGUUUUCAUGACCCUGAAGCAGUAAUUAUGGAGUACAAAGAGCUUGGAAAAACAGGUUUAUUUGUAAGCAAAUUAUCUUUUGGCUCUGGACCGCUUGGGUGUCAUUAUGGCACAUAUGAGGAAGCCGAUGCCAUCGAGGCAGUACGUCAAGCAAUAAAGCAAGGUGUCAAUUAUAUUGAUACAGCACCAUGGUAUGGUCAAGGUCGAUCCGAGACAAUCCUCGGCAAGGCAUUAAAAGGGAUUCCACGAAAAGCUUAUUAUAUCGCGACCAAAGUUGGCAGAUACGAGUUAGAUUAUGACAAUAUGUUUGAUUUUACUGUUGAGAAGACCAGAAAGAGUUAAAAGAGUUUAGAGUUGUUGGGGCUGGAUUAUGUCGAUGUUAUUCAGGUUCACGAUAUCGAAUUUGCACCCUCGUUAGAUAUAGUUAUCACGCAAACUUUGCCGGAAUUAUCAAAACAAGUAGCCGAGGGAAAAGCCAGAUAUAUAGGUGUAACCGGAUAUCCAGUGUCCGUAUUGAAAGAAUGCAUCGAAAAGAGUAAUAUAAAUAUAUCCUGUGUCUUAAGUUACACCAGACUGACGCUGAUCGACGAGAAUUUAUUGGAAUAUAUACCAUUCUUUAAGAAACAUAAUUUAGGCCUAAUCAAUGCUGCUGCACUAUGUAUGGGUCUUUUAACAAAUAAUGGUCCACCAAGCUGGCAUCCAGCCUCUGACGAAACAAAGAAACAAUGUAUGGAUGCUGCACAAUAUUGCAAGGACCAUAACGUAGAACUUUCCAUGGCAAUAUGGCAUUCUUUGCAAUAUACGAACGUGGACACCAAUUUGAUUGGAAUACAAAAUACAAAGCAAUUACAGAUGAGUUUGGAUAUAUUGCGAAACGGCAUUACAGAAAAAGAAAAAACUAUAUUGCAAGAAAUUCAAGAAAAGUUCCUAUCAACAAUAAAGAAUCAACAUUGGGAAGGUAAAGAGAUCCAAAUGUAUCAGAAAGCUAUAAAGAACAAAAUGUGAUAAAAAAAAUUUUAUUUCUAUUUUUGGAAUUCAAGUUUUAUAAAAAAUACAUGUACAAUGGAAUAUCUAAUACACAUAUGUGUAUGUCAUAAAAAAUAAAGCUUAUUAUUUUUUUGGUUAAA